AGACCUCUGGCUCAAAGAUUGCAAGGAGCUCCAGGCUGCAAAACUCACAAGAAAUCCAUGUCGACUAUCCUCGAUUGCUGUUCGCAAUCCAUGAGUGCCGAGCUGUCGAAAUGCCUCGCGAUCGGCCUCGGCGCGGUUUUGAUGGGCGCGAACGUCCUGCCGCGCUCUUUGCUCGCCCCUCUGGUGGCCGUUGGCGCUGUGCAGCUUUUCUCGCUGCAGACCGCCAUGAGGCUCCCGAAGGGCAAGCAGAUGGAGGCACCGUCUGCCUGGCAGAUGGUGCACUCCUGCCGCGACGCGGCGGCUCAGUGCCCCCGCGGUGUGCUGGCGCUGCCCUUGGUCGCGGCCUACCUGGCACUUGGCUUCACCUCUGCCAGCGACUACUUCUUCCUGCACUACGCCGUCAAGGCGGGCCUCGCCUUUGCGCUGGGCGGGCUCUGGGCUUUUGCCCCCGAGGACAAGGAGGAGGUGCCAGAGUUUCACUGGGAAGAUGACGCGUGUCCUUACAGCGCUGACUUCUGGGAGUUCAGUCAACCUGAAGAGCCAGAGGUGGAUCCCAAGGACUUGAUCGACGUCCUCUUCCUGCGCAAGCCCUGAGAUCUCUUUCGGGCGAAGCGCAAAAAAGCGGGAGCGAUUUUCUCAU